AUGGAGGCAGACGACCGCGAAGAGAAGUGGAGAACGCCACUCUCGCGAAGCGUCCCCAGGAUCCUUCGAAGUCCCAACUUCAAUUUCGCUUUCUGCAACCAAGAAGCUGCCGUCGCCAAUGACAACAGGCAAUUCUUCGUCAACGUGCAAGGCGUACCGGUGCAGGAAGAGAACGGCACCUCAUGCUGGAAUCCAUCCGGCGCGAAGGCAGUGGUCUUGUUUACGCGGAUACUCUACAACGUUGCAGGUGUACCGCUGACAGACAUCGGCAUUAUCAGCACGUACAGCGAGGAUGUCCGCAAGAUCACCCUGCAACUCAAGGCUCGCAGGCUAUAUAGCGGUCGCAAGAAGAAGGUCAUCCUGCUUCUCUUAGUCGCUAACUCCGACAUCACACUAGUCCGCUAG